UGGACUUUGGAUUUCCUGAAAUUUUUACAUUGGCACAGCUACGCCAGGGUUGGAUUGCUUUGCAUGUCUUUGCCGCUGUUUACUUCUUUAUACUAUUAGCGAUUAUUUGUAAUGAUUACUUCUUGCCAACUGUGGAAUGCAUUUGUGAAGAUUUAAAUCUAUCUAAAGAUGUUGCUGCAGCAACGUUUAUGGCUACAGCAACAUCCAUGCCCGAAUUCUUUACAAAUACGAUCAGUACACUGAUUACAGGUUCCGAUAUGGGUUUGGGCACAAUUAUCGGUUCACUUAUGUUCAACACAUUGGGUGUUGCCGGUGUUGCAGCAUUAGGCAUUAAAAAGCCCGUUCAAUUAGAUUGGUGGCCCAUAGCACGUGACUGCACUAUAUAUACAUUCAAUACGAUUAUUCUACUUAUAUUGGCUUGGGGUGGUUAUGUUACGUUUACUGAGUCCUGUAUUAUGAUGGGAUUUUUGGUUUUCUAUUAUUUGCUUACUUUCAAUAAUAAUAAAUUCAUGCCUGCCAUUAGAAUAUUCAUAGAAGAUAAAUUAAAUUGUUGUUUUUCGACACGUUACGACUUUACGGAACCUCCCGAAAAUAGUGCCAAAGCCAAGCUGCCAUUAAAAAAGGACCCACUUGAUGGCGGUGGGUUAUUUGUAGUUAAUGUACCUGAUAAUACUUCAUCAAUGUCUUCGACUGUUAAUUUGACACAAUCUAAAAGUUAUAACGACGAAGAUACUGCUUCAGUUCAAUUACCACCAAGUUUGUUUGCUCUACCACGUGGAGAGUCAAAAUUAAUGAAAUUUUGGUGGGCUUUUACCUUUCCCAUCAAAUUUUUACUAAAAUUUAUUAUACCUAAUCCGAUUACCUAUCGCAAACUAUAUCCAUUAUCUUUCAUAAUGUGCAUUAUAGCUAUUGGAGCUAACGCUUAUAUGAUCGUUUGGAUGUUAACAGUAUUUGGUGUAACCGUUGGCAUCGACGACACCAUAAUGGGUAUGACAUUCCUCGCAGCUGGUUCAACUAUGCCAGAAGCUGUUUCUAGUUUAAUAUCAUUAAGAAAUGGUGAAAAUGGUAUCGGAGUAUCGAACUCCUUGGGUGCCAAUUCAUUGGCAAUUUUACUAUCAUUAGGUGUGCCAUAUUUCAUUAAAAAUUGCAUUACUUUCGGAACGGCAAAUAAUAAAAUCAAUAUUGCAUCAAAGGGUAUUGAAUACAAUAUCUUUAUACUGAUACUCUCAACUUUUGCGCUAUUCACCAUACUCAGUUUAAGUGGUUAUCGUUUAACAAAACGCGCUGGUAUCGCGUUAUUAUCAGUUUAUACGAUUUUUAUAGUAUUACAGAUAUUAAUCGAAUUGCAGAUAAUUAUUUAAAUUCAGAUUUUUAAAGAGUAAGACUGUUUAGGUUAAGUAGAAAAAAAAAACUUGUACAGUGUAAA